AUGGCUUCUACAGCAAUGCAAGCGGCGACCACAGCAGCGUCAACACAGAAUGUCACCCACUUGUAUGAUACAUAUACUGAUAUGUUUGUUCAUCCACAUUGGAAACAGUUUCCACCAAUUGCACCAGCUUGGCAUAAUUUUAUUGGUAUAUUUAUCACAUUUGUUGGAAUAAGCGGUUGUCUUGGUAACUUUGUAGUUAUCUACACAUUUAGCAAAACAAAAUCUCUGCGAACAGCAUCCAAUAUGUUUGUAGUAAACUUGGCUCUCAGUGACUUAACCUUUUCUGCAGUAAAUGGUUUUCCUCUGUUCAGCUUAUCAGCAUUUAAUCAUCGGUGGAUAUUCGGCAAAGUUGCGUGUGAAUUGUAUGGUUUAACUGGAGGAAUAUUUGGUCUGAUGUCCAUCAACACAAUGGCUGUGAUAUCCAUUGAUCGGUAUUUUGUCAUCACCCGACCAUUCUCGGCAAUGCGUAACAUGACACACAAACGUGCCUUCCUGAUGAUCGUAUUUGUAUGGAUAUGGUCCAUUCUUUGGGCUAUUCCACCCAUUUUUGGUUGGGGGGCAUACAUUCCCGAAGGUUUCCAGACAUCGUGUACCUUUGAUUACCUGACCCGUACCGAUAGCCAGAGAUCCUUCAUCAUGAGUAUGUAUUUGUGUGGAUUUGUUCUUCCUCUAGCAAUUAUUGUCUUUUGUUACAUUUUCAUCAUCAGAUCCGUCAUGAACCACGAGAAGGAGAUGCACAAAUUGGCUGAUAAACUCGAUGCUAAGGAUGCUCGCGGUGACAAAGAGAAAGCGAGAGCAGAGAUAAAGAUCGCAAAAGUAUCCAUGACCAUCAUUAUUUUGUAUUUACUGUCUUGGACCCCAUACGCUAUAGUUGCUCUCAUCGCCCAGUGGGGACCGGCUAGUUGGGUCACUCCAUUCGUCUCAGAAAUACCCGUCCUCUUUGCUAAAGCAUCUGCUAUGCACAAUCCCAUCGUCUACGCUUUGAGUCACCCCAAAUUCCGGGAUGCAGUCAGUCGCUUGAUGCCAUGGUUCCUAUGCUGUUGUGCUUUAAGCGAAAAGGAAAAGAAACUCCGAGACGAAGCUAAUAGGAAUAAGUUGUCCAGAAUGACCAGUCAGACCAGCAAUAUUUACAGUGACGGGUCCAGCGUUAUGAGUAACCUGAGCGAUACCACCUGUCCAAAUAACGGCGGCAUUGAAAUGGGUCCCAGUGGACGACAGGGAAGCAGACGUAUGCGUGACGUCCAAGAAACAUCCAUGGGAGUAGACAAUAAUGGUGAUUUAAUCAGAGAUAUACUACAAGCAUUUGUUGGUGUUGUUCAGGGGAGAAACAACCAACCAGCUGCUCCACCACAGGUACCCAUGUAUGUUCAAUAUCCAUACGGAUUACCAGCAGAGCUCAUUGGACCAGAUGGCCACCCAAGGCAAGACGUAUAUUCUAUUUCCCAAGGCGCAAUUCCUUCGGGUAUAGAUCCAAGGGUCUUGCAACAGUUAGGCAUACCCACUGGGAUUACACUGUCCAAAGAUCAAAUCUAUCUGCCGAAGGAUGAAAAUGAUAUGCCCCCACCACCAGAGCGAUCCCCACAACGGUCUCCAAAUAGAGAAUCGACCCCAAUCCCUGGACAGGUUCCAACGAACACUCCAGCAGCUGUCCUUGAGACGCAACAAACAACUGACGUUGGACACGACAACAAAACAUUUGAACAUGAGCUAUAAAAAGCAUAAAAUGGGAGAUUUUGUAGAAUGGAAUUUAGAUGAAUAGACAGGCACAUGUAAAUAAUACUGUAUAUAUAGAAAGCCUUAUCGUAUAUUACUCGCACAUUUCAUGCUCUUUAACAGAUAUACCGGGAUAAUCCAUCUGUACAUAUAUAUAUUACCCCGAUAUAAUAGGUAUCGAGUUCGAGAUCUGCGCUAUUUAUUAACAAAUUGGUUGAUCGGUGACUGACGACCAAUCCGUAUAUUCUGAUGGAAAAUACAAUUAGACAUUUGUGAUAAUUUGACAAUCUACAGAAAUCACAUUUGUUAUAUUAGCCUAAUAAUAUCUGCAGAAAUAAUAUUUGUUAUCUUAGCCUAAUUUGUAAAUAAUAUUAUGUUAUAGUAUGAAGUAUGUCUACUUGUAACUAACGAUCCAAUAUGUUUUCAAUUUGUGUAAUAUUUUUUUGCAAUCGUUGAAAUAGGUGCAAAUAAAAUGUAAGUUUAAUUAUAUUCCUGUGGAAGAGUUUAAUUCUGGGUCUUCUAUUAAAUAUAACA